CGAUGUCCUCUGGCUGGGAUACAAGUGGGGCAAGCUUCUUGAUGUCCAACUCUAACCCCACGUUGACUGAAAUUAUGGACAUGGGAUUUGUAGCUGCAGUUCAUGGAAACUCUUCUCCCUUUUCAUCACAGCCGGAGCAGUGGGACAGCAGAGCGCCUCCCAAGUCUGGUGUGUCCCCACUGUUUGUGACCGUAUCAGAAAGUACACCCAUGACAAGAGGUGGAGGAAAAUUAUGGUUGGGUAGUGUAGAAGAUGUUGGCUCAUCUGACUGCCGGUCUCCACUAAAUCCUGAUGGUCAAUUUCUUGAACAGUCCUUGGUUUCAGAAUCUCUCAACCAAUUUAACAACUCCAUCGUGGGGAUCUUCUAUGGUAGCAAAGUGUCCACACCUUAUAAGAAGGAAGGCAUGGAGACCUCUGAUCCACUUGUGGUUGAUAUUACCAUACCCAAACUGCAAGAUUCAGAAGUAGUGGUCAAUGCUUCUGUACUGCAAAAACCUGCCCCACCAGUGUGGGAGAUCUCUGAAAUAAAUUCGGCAUUAGAAGAAAAUACCCCUUCGCUGGAAGUCUCCAUCUCUGACUUGAGGUUUCCAAACAUCUCCAGUGAGGGUGAACCACUGGUACCUGCCCAGUUAUCUGCUGCUCCUCUUGCCCAGUGGGUAGGUGUCAAACACAAGGACAUAGGGCGCUCUUACCUUCAGCCUUUCCGUUAUCGGCGUCAGUUGAGUGCUUCAGAAAUCCCAGUUACCAGCCUUCCACCCCAAGUAUGUUUUCAGCUGGCUACAGGGUCUCCAGACAAGCUUGUAGAGUGGCAGCUUGAGGUUACAGCUGGACCACAAGCCACUUAA